AUGGAACCGGCAAUUCAAACAGAGGCAAACAAUUUAGUCACUCGUCUGAGGUCUACUUGCAACACUGGAACUGUUCUCGAGCUCCAUCGCAUGCUUUCGGCAUUUAGCGCGGAUGUGGUCACAUCCUGCUGCUUUGGGAGUAGCCACGGUUAUCUCAAACAAGAGAUAUUUGAGAACCAGAUGAUUGACGCGGUUGGCUGGGUCAUGUCUAUAUGUCACAUAAAUAGGUUCAUGCCGUGGCUCAUCAGCAUUCUCAAGUCUACACCACAGGGAAUACUGCAGUUUAUGGGUCUUUCCAUGGCUGAUGUGAUUGCGGUGCGAGAUAUGAUCCGACAGCAGGCCCUGCAUUCUCUUGAGAAGCAACCGAUUGCCGACAACACUGAUUCUGAGGCUGCCUCGGUCAGAACGGUUUUUGAUGCUCUGGUUGCCGCAAAUGUACCAGAAAAUGAAAAGGCUCUUGUUCGUCUGGAAGAGGAGGGAGCAGCAAUCUUUGGCGCUGGCACAGAGACCGUGUCCCGGGCACUAUCAGUUGCCUUGUUCCAUUUACUGACGGACAGGAUCAUGAUGCAUAAACUUCGGCUGGAACUUGGGUCAGUUGCAUGUGCGAAUACCACCGCGCUGACUUCUACGCAACUUGCACAAUUGCCAUAUCUUACUGGCAUCGUGAAAGAAUCCCUUCGUCUCUCCAUGGGCAUAGCGAGUCGAACGCCCAGGAUAUCACCAAUCGCCCCCUUGAUAUACGGUGACUACGUUAUACCCCCAGGUACCCCGGUCAGCCAACACGCAUACUUCGUCCACAUGGAUCCGACUGUUUUUCCAGAUCCAGAACGUUUUCACCCUGACCGAUGGAUUGGGGCCUCCAAUAACGGUGGUGAAUCCUUGGGUCGUUACCUGGUCAGCUUUAGUAAAGGAAGCCGACAAUGCCUAGGCAUGCAUCCAAGCCUUGCGUACGCGGAAUUCUACCUCGCCCUGGCAGCUAUUGUCCGGUCCGUCGAUAUGAAACUGGUGGAUACAACCUUGGACGAUAUUACUAUGGUUCGAGAUCUAGGCCAUCCUGCCCCGCGGAAUGGCAAAUUUGGUGUCAGAGUUAUGGUGACGGGCGUAAAAUAA